CUAGUCGACCAGUCUACCAUAGACCUCAAGCUUAUAUACCACACCACCACACGCACACACGAAUAAGUAUAGCAGCUCUAGCAGGCAGUGGACGGUCAAACAUAGGAUCAUGUCUCGUAUCAGCGUACUUGUAUUAGCCGCCUUAGUUUCAGCGGCCGCUUCGAUACCAUCCUACCUGGACUACGGUUACGAUUACCCCACAUCAUACUCCUACAGUUCGAGAUACUACGGCUCACCAGGCUACUACGGAUCCUAUGGUCGGGGUUAUGGAUACUAUGGUUCUUUAGGAUACGGCUCAUAUGGUGCAGACUAUCCCUACUACGAUUCUCUUUCCCCAUACUCCUAUGGUGGCUACUCCGGACUGGGCAGAUACAGAGGCUACUACGACCGUGGUUAUGAUGGGUACUACAGGAAACCAUACUACGACAGAUAUUCAUAUUAUUAGAUGAAAAAAUCCUUCUGUACAUAUCUAUAGAUAGAUCUCAAAUAUAAGUACUAUUUUAAGUAUAAAAAAAUAUAUAUAUUUUCAUCUUAAAACAACUCCCAAGCUAAACAUGUUUUUCCUAAGUAGUUCAGCAAUGAUUGUUUUUUUCCAUCUUCUAUUUCUUCUUGGAAUCACCUAUUACCUCUGCUUUAUGCGUUCCUUUAUGUACCUCACAGCGAGUGUAUAGUAAAAAAAAUGUCAUAGCUUCUUCCUUAAUGACUUCACCUAAAUAAUUUAGACCUUUUUCGCUCUUAAUAUUCGGGACAUACUAAAUUAUUAAGUCAUUAAUUAUGGACACAAUUUGGCCAAUAAGUCAGAGUAUCACAGGAUGUUCUGUCUAAUGAAGUUAUUAACUAGUUGGAAGACUAGCUUCAAACUUUUAGCGACGAUAAGCGGAAAGUGUGGAGUGUCCUUGAGGAUGGAAUAAUUUUCAUCAUCUAAACUGACCACUUAUGCGUUUUUAUUUAAGGCAUCAUUCAAAAAUGCCCAUUUU